AUGCCAGAUGCGCUGCCGCCAGAAGUGCCGUACACUGUAGUUAUGAAAUUCGGCGGCUCGUCGGUGGCGAACGCGGCGCGCAUGAGGGAGGUGGCAGAUCUGAUACUGUCAUUCCCAGAGGAGAAUCCGAUCAUCGUCAUGUCCGCCAUGGGGAAAACGACAAACAACCUGAUCAAGGUGGGCGAGAGGGCGCUGACGUGCGGGUCCGCCAAGUGCGCGGCGAUCGACGAGCUGCGAGUAAUCAGAGAGCUCCACGUGUCCACCAUGGAGGAGCUCGGCGUCGAUUGCGCUGAGGUGCAUGAACUGAUGCACGAGCUGCAGCAGCUAGUAACGGGGAUAGCGCUCAUGCGCGAGCUGACUCCGCGCUCCUCGGAUUACCUCGUGUCGUUCGGCGAGCGCUGCUCCACGCGCAUCUUCGCCGCCUACCUCAACUCCUUGGGUGUGCCGUCCAAGCAGUUCGACGCAUUCCACAUGGGCGUGAUCACAACGGACGAGUUCACCAACGCGGACGUGCUGGACGAGACCUACCCCGCCGUGGCGGACUCCCUCCUCUCCGCCUACCAUGCUCACCGGGAAAGUGCUGCUGGCAGUGCGGACGAGAGCAGCAGCAGGGCGUUCAUUCCGGUGGUCACAGGCUUUCUGGGUCGGGGCAAGAAGACGGGAGCGACGACCACACUGGGCCGCGGAGGCAGCGACCUGACGGCGACCAUCAUAGGGCGAGCGCUGGGGCUGCAGGAGGUGCAGGUGUGGAAGGACGUGGACGGCGUGCUCACCUGCGACCCCAACCUGCACCGCGGCGCCGUGCCCGUGCCCUUCCUCACCUUUGAGGAAGCUUCCGAGCUGGCGUACUUCGGAGCGCAGGUGCUGCAUCCGCAGAGCAUGCGGCCGGCGCGAGAGGGGAAUAUCCCUGUGCGGGUGAAGAACUCGUAUAAUCGCAGUGCCCCGGGGACUUUGAUAACUCAAGAGAGGGACCUGUCGUCGGCGCUGCUGACCAGUAUUGUGGUGAAGCGUGGGGUUACCCUGCUGGAUCUGGUCAGCCUGAGGAUGCUCGGGCAGUUUGGGUUCCUCGCGAAAGUUUUUGCGAUUUUCGAGGCGCAGGGGAUUUCGGUGGAUGUGGUGGCAACGAGUGAGGUGAGCUUGUCGCUGACGCUUGACCCGGCGAAGCUGUGGUCUCGAGAGCUGAUUCAGCAGGAGCUGGAUAAGAUGGUGGAGGAGCUCGAGCAGGUGGCGGUGGUGAAGUUAUUGCAGCGGCGGUCGAUUAUUAGUCUGAUUGGGAACGUGUCGCGGUCGUCGGUUAUUCUGGAGAAGGUGUUUGGCGUGUUCAGACGAAACGGGACCAACGUGCAGAUGAUCUCGCAGGGAGCUUCCAAGGUGAACAUCGCUUUGGUAGUGGACGAUGAUGAAGCCACAGAGCUGGUGCAGCUGCUCCACAAGGAAUUCUUCGCUUGUCCAUACCUAUUCUCCGACAUGGCUGCCGUCUCCGCCGUCUCCGCGGUUUCUACCGUCUUUGCGGUGUCCGGCAUCACUGACGUGGCAACGAAUAAUUCUGUCAUGCGGGCCACCACAUGCAACAGUCCCGCCUUUUCUUCACUAAGCAACAGUCAUCGCGGGCAAAGAAGCGCCAUCCCCCCUGCUGAUUGCCCAGCUCCUUCGGCCCUCUCCGCCUUUGCGCCUGUUGAUCCACGAUCUCUGCGGAAGGCCAGCAACACAAUAGUGACAGCAGCAGCAACCACAGCGGAGGCGCAGACAGAGGAGGUGCCGGUGCCGGUGGUGGUGAUAGACAACCACUCGGAGGCCAAUGCGACGGUGGUGCAGCUUGAAUUUGGGGACCGGCUGGGCGCACUCAUGGACACGAUGGCGGCACUGCGCAGUCUGGGGCUGAACGUGGUGAAGGGACGCGUGACCACCGCAGGCACCGUUGCUCGCAACACCUUCACCAUCACACAGGAGGGAGGCAAGGUGGAGAGCGCUGAGAUGAUAGAAGCCAUUCGAGGCACCAUCAUCGCCAACCUCCUCAAGUACCACCCCGAGUCAGGCACGCAGCUGGCCAUGGGCCUCACAUGCGACUCGCCUCCCUGCAAUUCGAGUGUGCCAACACGCAUGGCCAUCACAGCCCUCCCGGACAACACGGGCAGCGAGCUGAGGGUGGAGGCGGCGGACCGGCCGGGGCUGCUCAUGGAGAUCGUGGAUGUGCUCACAGGGAUGUCCAUCAGCGUGACGUCAGCAGAGAUCGACACCGAGGGCAUGGUGGCGAAGGAUGUGUUCACGGUGUCGUACCAUGGGGGGCCACUGGAUGAUGAGAUGACCACGCUCACACUCAACGCCCUCAACUACACUCUCUCCCGGCCAGACAUCGAAGCAGAGGAAAGCUAUUAG